UCGACUGAUAAUUUCAACAAUUAUUUGCUCCUUUUAUUGGAAGUGUCGAUGAUUUUGAGUGGAUAAUUUACGGCCCAAAAAUACAAUUCCAACAUGAUAUCGUGAGCUGAAAUUCAUCAUGCGAGAUCAAGGGGACUUCAAGAGUGGUGUUAAGCGUUUUGCUUAUGAUGGCGGGAAAUCAAACAAGAGCAACGCUGCAAACGACGAUUGGGACAGCUUUGUUGUAACUAAGCCAAUCAAAGAAAACAAAGAACUGGAUGAGCUCAAUGGCAUAUGGAGCAUCCAGAAGAACGUCUCUCUCAGCGGACUGCCUCCGAAACCCCAGGGGACGACGGUCCAGGCGGCCCCCACGGGAACGGGAUUCUACUCGCGACACAGCCAGCACAACUCAACGAAGACAACGGAGGGGACAAGACACUCGCCGGGUAUGAACGCAAUGGGUCAACCAAGAAACAGCUUUUCAAUGAACCCGCAGCGAUCCGGCUAUUCCUACUCCCAGCCCGACUCCAGCUCCCCUACUACGACCUUCCCUCGGCUAGCCCCGACCAGCGGGGCGACCCACUACCAGUCACAGAGUAGAUAUAAUGACACAACUCAACCAACAGGCAACCAAAGACAUCUCCAGGGCGGUCCUGUUCUAAAUUCAAGGACCCAGCAUGGCAUGCAGAAACCGAGUCAGUACUCGACCGGUUCCCAGCAGACCGGGGGCAGCAACAGGUCAUCUAGGACGGGGAACCAGUGGCCAAACUUCUAACAUUAGCAGCAAAAACAUCAAAUUCAUAUGACAUUUUGCAUUGUCGCAGGACCGGAAAGUUGCAUCCUUGGGGUCAAGGGUCAUUAGAAGCACUUCUGUUGCAUUACAACCAUGUCAUUUUUUUGGUGUGUGUUGCCUUUGUCUGAAAAUCCUUUUUAUUACUGAUCUUGGGCAAAAAGUUUAACGUCCAAUUCAACACUUGCGGACGUAAGCCUGUGUGUUGCAUGUGCGAAUAACGCCAGAAAACCUCGGUUGGAAUGCCUUGUAAGGCCCAAAUGGAGUUCAAAGCAUGGUCCAUUUCUCUGUACAUGUAUGUAAUUUUAAGUCUUCAUUAAUUGAACAUUUUAUGCAACGAGACUAGAAGAAGUUUGGACACAUCAGAUUUUUGUUUAGGGAAGUUCAAAAGUGGCCUUUGACAAAAAAAUACCUCAAUGCCUUAUGAAGUCACGCAAUAAUUUACAUGCAAAUAAUCUAAUUUGCAUAUUAGCAACAUGCAAAUCAGCUCAUUUGCAUAUAUGUGUACUUACAAGGACACUCAUUUUAAUGUAUGCAAAUCACUUUUAGAGCUGUAUUGUACAAGGAUGGAUUUCACAUUGUCACAAAAUGUAAAAUAUUAUUUAUAAUUUUUUUGUUAUUUUGACGAGACCAAAUCUGGAUCACUGUAUAUAAUUCUAAUAUUCAAGAAUUUUUAUCGUAGCCUGGAAAAUGUACAUAUUUUAAGUUAAACAAACUGUUUGCUGUGUGUGUGGUUUAACACUUGUCUUAAAUUUAUUUGAAUUUUAUUUUUCAAACAUUCCGUGUACAUUAUAGUUUAAAUUUACGAUACAAAUGGGAGUUUAUGUAAAUUAUUUGUUUACUUUAGUGUACUCUAAAAUCGAAAGUUUAAGUACAGAGUUAAAAUUUUUUGGAGUUUUUAGAAAAGUUCCUAGAAAAAAAUAAUCAAAAUUAGGGUUAAGGUCUACCUGGUAAUAGGCAAAACGUUACAUACCUGGCAUUUUGUCAUCAAUGGCUCAAUGAAAUAGAACUCGUAACAAGAGCCCUCACUUCAUUGUGAAUAACAAUUGGCUAAUACCCUGUUUUUUUGACACAGCUAAUUAAAUAGUCAAUGGCAUUGUUGUGUUCAGAGCACUUGCGUAAAUCAACCAAAAGAGGUGGGGUUGGGGGGUUUUUUUUGGGGGGGGGUGGGAAUGUGGAAAAGAGAAGGCAGAGUGAACCCUGUUUUGCCUUCCGGGUUAAUUAACUGGAUAAAUUGAACCGCUUUUCAAUCUGGGUAUUGGUUUCUGUUUACCAAUCCAUUCAUGGUUCGAUAUCAGUUUGUUUACUCCUGUUACCAGUUUACAAUAAAUGGUUUAGUGACACACUAUCUGGGAGUGGUGGGAUUUUGUUUCAGGAGGAAUUUGUUUUGGUCAUUGCCAGGGUUGCCAUUUGAAGACUCCCUGAACUUAUGUAAAAACCUUGGUUAAAAGGGGCCAUGGCAUUGUAGAGAUACAAAUAUUACCUACAUGUAUUUAAGAGUUGCGAAAGUUUCAAGAUGUUUGUGAAUUUUCUGGAACUGUCCUUUUUAUACAAAAAUGUGGGAAAGGGCAUCAUCAAACAUGGCUGAAGUGAAGAAAAGAUAUAAAAAAUUAUUGAAAAACCUACAUUGUUAAUGUAGAUUCAAUAUUUUCAUUGUUUGACUUUUACAACUCGCAUAUGUGUGCUUUCUUUGUACAUGUAUUUUUGGGGUGGUUAUUGUAAUUCAACUCGGUAAGUUCAUUCAUAAAAAAAAAAUAAUAAUAACUGAAGUUUGAGGUUAAUUAAUUUUUGGACAGAUUUAUUUUGUGGGGAAAAAGUAUAAGUUUGUCUAAGUAUGAGUAUGUGUUUUGAGACGUAAUGAUAUUUUUCAAACAAAUUGUGAUUUCUCUGACACUUUGCUCGAGGUUGUCAGAUAUAUGAAUUUUUUUUUUAGCACUUUAUGUUCGGAUAAGAAGCAUUGUGCGAUUAGUUUUUCAUAAAUUGAUUCUAAAACGUAAUCGUGAUCCGAAUGAUCCUCUGAAACCAAUAAAAUGACACAGUAGAAAUCACUGUAAGGAAAUGUCUGGAUUGAAUUGUACAAAUGUAUUCAUUUUUGUAUCAGUAUCAAUCUUUGGGUAUGUUCAUCGGCUGAUUCAUUCAAGGUUCAAGGUUCAUUUAUUUUCCAUAUUCGUAUGGAAAGAAAAUAAUCUGAGCCAUUAAAUGAAGUUCAAGUAUAUUACUCAUAA